CGCCCGCUGGUGACGCUGGUGAACAUGAACGGACUGGAGGCUGAGGAUCCGUACCUGGUGGAGGAGCUGAGUGAGGAGGAGCCUGUGUCCAGUUCUGAGGAUGAGUUGGACGUUUUACUCCACGGCACGCCGGAACGCAAGCGCAAGCUGAUCAGGGAAUGUUUAACGGGUGAAAGUGAGUCCAGCGAUGACGAGUUUGAGAAAGAGAUGGCAGCAGAGUUGGAUUCCACCAUGAAGGUUAUUGAGGGGAGCUGGUCACUCAUUCCUGAAGGUGCUUCCUCCAGUGUUGUAAGCUCCCAGUCACAAACGGCUCCCCAGCAUCAGUACUAUAACGAAGUUUACUUUGACUCUGACUCGGAGGAAGAAGAUGAGCAAGAAGGAGGCGGUUCACAGGGCAAGCACAAGAGGCAGAGGCAGAGGCAAAAGGUUCUGACAAAUGACGAGCUGUUGUACGACCCAGAUCAAGACGACCGCGACCAGGCCUGGGUUGACAUGCAGAGGAGAGGGUAUCGUGGACUUAAUAAGCAACCAAACAUGUCAGAAUCUCUACCAGUUCCUAGCAGUGAUGCAGUUUUGAACUGCCCAGCUUGCAUGACAACUCUGUGUCUGGACUGCCAACGCCACGACUUGUACAAGGAGCAGUACAGAGCUAUGUUUGUGAUGAAUUGUAUCAUUAAUAGAGGAGAAAUUCUCCGGUACAAGAAUCCUCCAAACAGGAAGAGGAGAAACAGAUGCAAGAAGGUGAAAUAUCCCAGUGGAGAUACCUCUGCCAGUUCAAAACAAGAUGGGGAGGAGAUAUAUCAUCCAGUGCGCUGUGCAGAGUGUUCAGUGGAAGUAGCUGUUUUUGACAAAGAUGAAGUGUACCAUUUCUUUAAUGUUCUGGCCAGCCAUUGUUAAUGUCACAAAUACUUUUUUUUAAAAAAAAAGUCCUGCUGAUUUACUGAGUCUAACCACUUCGGAAAUGGAGUAGUUAACUGUUCCAGCAGUAUCAAUCAGUAUAAUUCUGUAUAACACAGCCACUUUCAGCUGAGAUGGGUGUAGACUCAAGCUGGGUAGUCUGCUUUUUAACACAGACACCAUGUCUUCAGUAUUGGCUCGCUUAUUUUGAUUAGUGGCAUGUUAAAUUUUUUCUAAAAUAUCGAUCUGGAGUGGGAGGCUAAGAAAACUGUAGCUUGGCAACACAGAGGGUAAGAUUGGAAGUUUUAAAAUUGAACCUCAAAAUCACUGUGGUAAAUAAAGUUAAUGAUCUUAGGUUUUCAAAGUGUAGAUAGGAACAGAAAAUAAAGCUAUUGUUAAUUUCCUUCAAAUCCAUUGACUCCAGGCCCAAUUCACUUAAUUUGUGUUUCCUGACCAACAUGGACUUUAACAUACAUAUAAAUCCUCCAUAUUGUAUAUAUAGUCCAUUUCCCUGAGUUUCCACAAGCAAGACAUACUACAAAUUCCAGACAGCACUGGAGGUCAGGAUUGAAGAAAGGCUGCUAGAAACAAGGUACAGAAGACUGCAGGAUAGGAGAGCAGAAUUAGGCUAUUCGGCAAAUUCAAUCUGCUCUGUGAUCCAUUUUGGGCAAUUUAUUUGCCUUGUCAACCCUAUUCUCCUGCCUUCUCCCUGUAACCUUAGUCCCUAAACAAGAACUUAUCAACCUCCACAGCAAGCAAUAGCAAUGAAUUUUACAGAUUCACCACCUUCUGUCUAAAGAAAUUCCUCACAUCUAUUCUGUAGGAAUGUCCUAUUCACCCCCCACUAUAGGAAACAUCCUCUCCCCAUCCACUGGGUUUCAAUGUGAUUUCCCCCCUUAAAAAUCCAUGUUAAUGCUUGUGUAUUUAAUAUUUUAAUGAGUAAUCUUGUGUUUAUAUAUUUUAUUAAGCAUUCUUGUUCAUUUAAUUAGUUACCGUACUGGUUAUAUGUAAAAAUGCAUUAAUUGCAAACAUCGUGAUAUGUGCUCGUCUCAAAGUAAACUCAAACUGGACACAU